UAGGGUUUGACGUGUGUUUUUAUUACUGAUGUAAUUUCUUGUUUAUACAGAGCUGGUAAGCGAAUGAAGCUAGUGACACCAUACACUUGGGAGGCUGUAUUGUCUCGUGAUGGAAACACGGCUGAGUCAUGGGAAAAGCUCAUUGAAAGUGGUCGGCUCCCUUUUAUGGCAAUGGUGCGUAAUAUACGCAACUUUCUCAGAGCAGGAGUGUCUCCAAAGCAUCAUAGAAUGGUUCUUGAUCGUCUCAAUGAUACUAAUCAGGUUGUUCGAUGUCGAAUGUUUCCUAUUCAAUUUGUUUCUGCUUAUGAUGCCGUGGCUGUAAAUUUGAAAACUCUGUCGAGCCUUCACAAAAUAUAUUGUCAGUUGCAGAAGAAAGAAAAGGCAAGAAAUCAGAAUGAUAAAAUUUUUAUCAACGAGGUGUUAUUGAUGAUGCCGGUAUAAAGAAACGACUUUUAAGCAGAAAGAAGCGUGUCAGAAAGCAAAUUCAAACCAGGACUGGCAGGUCUCAGAUUGUGCUGCCUAAACACAUGCCAAACCCUAAAUUGCUGCAAGAGUCCAGAGAAGCCUUGAAUUUAUGCAUUGUUUGUGCAGCUAAUCAUAAUGUUCAACGUAUUGAGAGGAAAACCAUCGUUUUCUGUGAUGUAAGUCAUAGCAUGUGCAAACGAUGGUCGUCCUACUCAACUAAGAGCACUGCUCGGCGAUUGUAUGAGGCUGCAUUACUGAUUGCAUUGAUGGUUCACCGUGCAAGUGUCGAGUGUGACAUUUGGUUGUUUUCAGAGACGAGUGUUCGGCUACAAAUUGAUUUUUCUCUUGGACCUCUUGAGAAUUUGAAGAUCAUUGAGAAGAAAUAUUGGGUGCAACCAGGCAGUGGCUGUUCUUUGGGAAUGACGACCAAGUUUCCGUUUAGUGUUAUAGACAAGUUGAUGAGGGAUCGGAGGGCUGUUGACCAAUUUGUUGUGCUUAGUGAUAUGCUUAUUGAAUCGUCUGUUCAUCCCAAAGAUUUUGUGAAUCCUCUUACUGACCAGUUGAAACGCUAUAGACAAUGCUGUAACAACGAUGCUGUCUUUGUAUGUGUGGACUUGAGUGGUCAAGGGAACAGCUUAACUGAUCCAGCUGGAAACGAACUGUAUUGCGGUGAUCGAGAGGUAAGAUAAAUUUGUAUAUUGUUAACAACGAUGCAGGCACUGCAUUAUUAGUAAGCAUUUGAA